AUGAACAACAACAACAACAACAACAAGAGGAAAGCGGACGCUAUCGAACCUUCUUCUUCCUCCUUUCAACCAACAGCCAUCUCUACGCAACAACAAUACAAAACAUACUAUGAUAUUGCAAAACCGUACCUGAAGAAGGUAAAGCACACAGAAUUCAAGAAGGAGGAUUUUGAUAUGCCCCAUUUCCAUUGCAACUAUUGCCAGAAGGAUAUUACAUCUCUCGCUAAAAUCACUUGUGCUGUAUGCGAAGAGUUUGAUUUGUGUGUGGAUUGUUUUUGCGUCGGUGUAGAGACUCAACAACACAAGAAUGAUCAUGCCUACAAGGUACAGCCAAAUCUCUCUCGGACGGCUCUCAUCUCGAGUGGAUGGACAGCGGAAGAGGAAUUAUUACUUCUCGAAGGUAUUGCACACAAUGGUUUGGGCAAUUGGCUCGACAUUGCUGAACACGUAGGAAAGACCAAAAGCAAGUAUGAUUGCGAAAUUCACUAUUGGACCUAUUACGUGGACAAGCCCAUCGCAAAGAGGAAAGCCAUGAUUGAAAAGUUGAAACGGGAGCAAGCACUCUACCAACAACAGCAGCAAUCGACAUCAUCAUCUUCGGCUGGGUCGUUCGUACCCUCAGCCUCUCCCUCUUCAUCAGAGCCAGCAGCAACGAGUACAACUUUGAACAACAACAACAUUUCUCAACCACAAGAAGACUUCCAAUCACUCCUAGAUAAGCUUUACACUGAAAAUAUUGACGAUGACGGACAAUACAUACCUGUUCCUGAUCCAUCAGCACCCUUGGUUAUCGAGAAGAAUCAAGUCAUGACCAAAAAAGACAUUCGCAAAGAUGAUGAUGGUGUGUUAAUGUCCAUCAAGAAGGAACUCAACAUUCCACAAAUCGAUUUAAAGAAAAUAUUUGAGGAGAAUUUGAAACGAUCAGCAAAUCCCAGAUUUGUCAUGGGAACCAUCUUGUCGAGAGAACCUCAAAUUGUUGGUCAAAAAAAGAAUACCUAUCAACAAGGAAUUGAUGUUGGUUAUUUACCUCUGCGAGCUGAUUUUGACAUGGAUUAUGAUCAUGCAGCUGAGGAAUUGAUUGCUGAGAUUGAGAUUGAUGAAGAAGAUUCUCCUGAAGAAAGAGAACGCAAGUUGAAUUUAUUAAGGCUCUAUGAAUUUCGAUUGAGCGAACGAGAACGUAGGAGAAAGUUUGCUAUUGAGAGACAACUUGUUGAUUGGAAGAAGAUUAGUGCCAUCGAGAAAAAGAGAACGAAAAUGGAAAAGGAAUUGUAUCAAAAGUACAGACCUUUUGCAAGAUUUUUGGAUAAUCAAGAUGAAUUCGAAGAGUUCAUGACAGGUAUUAUUCAAGAAACAAAGAUUAGGACUAGAAUUCAAGAAUUGAAAGAAUAUAGAGCAAAUGGACUCACCUCACUCUCUCAAUGUGCAACCUAUGAUGCUGACAACAAGAAACGAGAGGCAGAUUUAGAAUUUAAAAAAGCUAAAGAAGGAGCAACUCCAAAAGUGCCAACUUCUAGGCGCAAUUUUGAUCAUCUAAUGGGAACUCCAAAAGACACCAACACUUUAGGGAUGGAGCUACUCUCGAAACGCGAAAGAAUCUUGUGCUCAGAGCUUCACAUUCUACCUAGGCAAUACAUGCUUAUUAAGGACACCUUGACAAGAGAAUCUCUACUGACUGGAUUUGUCAGCAAAAGUGCUGCUUGCAAGUUACUUAGUGACAUGGAUAAGGAUCAAGUGAAGAAAAUUCAUGACUUUUUCGUGGCAAAUUCAUGGAUUAAUGGUGCUCCUCAAACAUCAGAAAAUCAAAUGGGGUGUUCCGAAUCUGCAUCGAGUGUGAAAAAUGACUCAAGAACGAGAGUACCUACUGAGUGGUGGUGGUGGGGUAGUAGUACCUCGUACCACAUUAGCAACACAACACCAGUAGUAUCAAAUUCACAACAACAACAACUGCCGAAUGAUGUUCUCGAUCAACGAUCUCAAACCAUAAUCAGCAACAUGGAAGAAAAAACAGAAGACCAUGAACUCCACGAUGCCAAUGCUGAAACAGAGAGCGGAGGUGAAGAAGAUGACAUGGUUACUUUUAAAAACGGAGCUCCCAUCAAGAAACCAAUUUUGCCAAACUUUAAGAGAAUGACAAAAAAAGAAGUUGUGAAAUUUUCGUUUAGGACCUCAAAAAUUGUCAUUCUUUCUCUUGCAUUUCUUGCUUUUGCGAUCAUUUUCAGUUUAUUCCAUUCAGUGCCUAAUCAUGAAACUUUACAUUAUAUUUCUAUUGGAGAGAAUCAAACCAAAUUCAUUGAAUUUUCACAUGACAGUCCUCAAGAUUUAUUAACCAUUCAAGUGGAUAUUCCCAUUGUUGGCAAUGAGCUCAUCUAUGACUUGAAAAAGGAAACCAUUUCAAAAAAGAAGAAUCAAGAUUGGAAAUUAGAUUUUCAACUACAAAGAAAUUCUUUUGCAAAUUUAAUUUAUCAAAAAUCAUUCAACAUUGAUGAUAUGAAUGAGGAGGAUCACCAACUUUUUAUCAACCUUGCGAAUCAAACCUAUACAUUGGAAUUUGUGUCAUUGAUGAAUGAUACCAUUGUUCCUGUUCACGAUAAUCAUACCAAUCCAGAACAACCUCACAGUGCUGAUGAAUCUGAAUCUGAAAUUCAAGAAAUCAAAGGCAAACACACCUUUUACACUGAUUAUUCAGAAUUGACUGUGGAAGAAAAACACAAUGUCACCUAUCGAUUACUCAUUUCAACAAAUUUUCCACAAAAUAUUACAUCUUCAUUCACCAUUCGAGUCAAUUUUCAACAACAACCUAAUUUAGCAAGAUAUCAAGUAUUAUUGGCUGCCUUAGUUUUACUAUUUGUCUAUGUAUUGAUUGUGUUUGAAUUAAUUCACAGAACAUUGGCUGGUAUGGUAGGAUCAUUCUUGGUUCUAUCUGUUCUUGCUCUUGUGAAUAGAAAACCAACUCUUGAAGAAAUUUGUGAAUGGAUGGAAUACGAUACUCUUGCAUUAUUGUUUGGAAUGAUGAUUAUGGUGGGAAUUUUCUCAAAUACAGGAUUUUUUGAAUGGACAGCAUUGAUGGCUUACAAACUAUCGAAAGGAAAGGUCUGGAGAUUGACCAUUAUUUUAUGCUUGUUCACAGGAUUUGUUUCUGCAUUUUUGGAUAAUGUCACGACCAUCUUGUUGGUAACGCCUGUGACGUUGAGAUUGUGUCGAGUUGUGAAUAUUUCACCCAUUCCUAUUAUUAUUAGUGAAGUUAUUUUCUCCAAUAUUGGAGGAACUGCCACUGCUAUUGGCACUAAAAAUUGGUUUCGUAGAUAUUUCACUAUUUUUAGCUCCAUGUGCUCUGAUUGUAGCAUUUUUCACAUUCAUUCCAGUCGACUUCUUAAUUGGAAAUUAUUCAAACAAGCUCCUCAAGUAGAUAAUGAGAGAAUUCAACGAGAAAAAGAAAUUGAAAUUUGGGAAUAUACUCUUAAAAAGACUCAAGGAAAUGGAGUUGAAGAAAACAUGGUUAAGGAAAGUUUACAACAUCAUAUUGUCAACUUGAAAGCUCAAUUGCAAGAAUAUUUACAAAAGAAAGGAGUCAGUACCAACACUCAACUCUCUCCAAAAGAUCUUGCCAAACUCUCUCAACAAUAUUCGAUUCACAAUCCUCGACUUUUUAUUAUUUGUUGCAUCAUUUUAGUCAUUGUAAUUAUUUUCUUCUUUUUAGAGAGUUUUAUUCAUGAAUAUGUUCAUGUAGGAUUGGCAGAAAUUGCAGUGAUUGGAGCCAUUAUCAUGCUGUUAUUGAGUGGUAUUGACGAAUUGGAUGAAGUGAUUGAAAAAGUUGAAUGGUCUACUUUACUCUUUUUUGGAUCUCUUUUUAUUUUGAUGGAGGGAUUGUCACAAUUGGGAUUAAUUGAAUAUAUUGGAGAUUUGACUUCGAGUGUGAUUAGUUUUGUUCCUGCAGGUGACUUGAGAUUGUUUGUGGCUAUCACAUUAUUGUUAUGGGUUUCUGCGAUAGUCUCUGCUUUUAUUGACAAUAUUCCAUACACGACCGCUAUGAUUCCUGUGGUUUUAAAGUUAGCAGAGUCUCCAACCAAUUUACCGAUUAGGCCAGUUCUAUGGGCUCUUGCUUUGGGAACAUGUCUUGGAGGUAAUGGAACACUAAUUGGUGCAUCAGCAAACGUGGUAGCAGCAGGAAUUUGUGAAAAUAAGGGUCACAAAAUGUCAUUUGUGGGAUUCAUGAAGCUUGGUUUCCCUUGCAUGAUUCUUUCUAUUGUAAUAUCGAAUAUUUAUCUUACAAUUGUCCACAUUGCACUUGGAAUUAAAUAA